GUGACGUUACACAGAAUAGCGUCAUCUCGAGACUCGAAAUCUUCAUUGGUCUUUCUUCCGUGACACCACGCGUAGGAAAGAAGUAACAAUGGCGGACGCUGCUCCAGCCGCACGCGGAGGCUUUCGUGGAGGUUUUGGUUCUCGUGGAGGCGAUCGUGGAGGCCUGAGAGGCCGAGGUCGUGGAGGUAGAGGUCGAGGACGCGGCCGUGGACGCGGCAAAGAAGACAGCAAGGAAUGGGUCCCUGUCACUAAGCUUGGUCGUCUGGUCAGAGACGGCAAGAUUCAGUCCCUCGAGCAUAUCUACCUAUUCUCCUUACCUAUUAAAGAGUACGAGAUCAUUGACAAAUUCCUCGGACCGGAUCUAAAGGAUGAGGUCUUGAAAAUUAUGCCAGUACAAAAGCAGACCAGAGCAGGUCAACGUACGCGUUUUAAGGCUUUUGUUGCCAUCGGAGAUAGCAAUGGUCACAUUGGAUUAGGAGUGAAGUGCUCCAAGGAAGUAGCGACUGCCAUUCGCGGUGCUAUUAUUCUGGCCAAGCUCUCCGUCGUGCCAGUUCGACGUGGUUACUGGGGUAACAAGAUUGGCAAGCCUCACACAGUGCCAUGUAAGGUAACUGGCAAAUGUGGUUCCGUGCAGGUGCGCUUGAUACCAGCGCCCAGAGGUACCGGCAUCGUGUCUGCUCCGGUUCCCAAGAAACUGCUUCAGAUGGCUGGUAUCGAGGAUUGUUACACCUCAGCCAGAGGAUCCACCUGUACGCUUGGUAAUUUUGCCAAGGCGACUUACGCUGCGAUCGCUAAGACGUACGCGUAUCUUACUCCUGAUUUGUGGAAGGAACAGGCUCUGGCUAAGGCGCCGUAUCAAGAAUACGCCGACUUUCUGUCGAAAACUCAUAAAGGAGGCGUUAGAGCGGCCGAAGUUGUCUAAAUAAACAUCCUCCAAUCCCAGGAGAGCUCUUUGAAAAAAU